AAAAAUGGAGCUCUCAAGUGCACCUUCUCGGCGCCCGGCCAUAGCACCAGCCUGCUGCAGGGCCUCGCUGCCCUCCGUGCCCAGGGCCAGCUCCUGGACGUCGUGCUCACCAUCAACAGAGAGACCUUCCACGCGCACAAGGUGGUCCUGGCCGCCUGCAGCGACUACUUCAGGUGAGCACAGGUCUCGGGGGACAGGGGCUGGGCUAUUCCUGGGUGGCCACGAUGCCCCUUGGCAGCCCCGAGCCUACAUGCUGUGUUUCUGAACUUCAGGGCCAUGUUCACGGGUGGCAUGAGGGAGGCGAGCCAGGAUGUCAUCGAGCUGAAAGGCGUGUCAGCCCGUGGCCUGCGGCACAUCAUCGACUUUGCCUACAGCGCCGAGGUGACGCUAGACCUGGACUGCGUGCAGGACGUGCUGGGUGCGGCCGUGUUCCUGCAGAUGCUUCCCGUGGUGGAGCUGUGCGAGGAGUUCCUCAAGGCCGCCAUGAGCGUGGAGACCUGCCUGAACAUCGGCCACAUGGCCACCACCUUCAGCCUGGCCUCGCUCAAGGAGUCGGUGGAUGCCUUCACCUUCCAGCACUUCCUGCAGAUCGCUGAGGAGGAGGACUUCCUGCACCUGCCGCUGGAGCGCCUCGUCUUCUUCCUGCAGAGCAAUCGGCUGCAGAGCUGUGCCGAGAUCGACCUGUUCCGCGCCGCGGUUCGCUGGCUGCAGCACGACCCGGCCCGGCGGCCGCGCGCCAGCCACGUGCUCUGCCACAUCCGCUUCCCGCUCAUGCGGUCGUCGGACCUGGUGGACAGCGUGCAGCCGCUGGACAUCAUGGUGGAGGAUGUGCUGUGCCGGCAGUACCUGCUGGAGGCCUUCAACUACCAGGUGCUACCCUUCCGGCAGCACGAGAUGCAGUCCCCGCGCACGGCCGUGCGCUCGGACGUGCCCUCCCUGGUCGCCUUCGGCGGCACGCCCUACACGGACAGCGACCGCUCCGUCAGCAGCAAGGUGUACCAGCUGCCCGAGCCCGGUGCCCGCCACUUCCGUGAGCUCACGGAGAUGGAGGUGGGCUGCAGCCACACGUGCGUGGCCGUGCUGGACAACUUCGUGUACGUGGCGGGCGGCCAGCACCUGCAGUACCGCAGCGGCGAGGGCGCGGUGGACGCCUGCUACCGCUACGACCCCCACCUGAACCGCUGGCUGCGGCUGCAGGCCAUGCAGGAGAGCCGCAUCCAGUUCCAGCUGAACGUGCUGUGCGGCAUGGUGUAUGCCACGGGUGGCCGCAACCGGGCCGGCAGCCUGGCCUCCGUCGAGAGGUACUGCCCGCGGCGCAACGAGUGGGGCUACGCCUGCUCUCUGAAGCGCCGCACCUGGGGCCAUGCCGGCGCCUCGGCGGGGGGCCGCCUCUACAUUUCGGGGGGCUACGGCAUCUCGGUGGAGGACAAGAAGGCGCUGCACUGCUACGACCCCGCCGCUGACCAGUGGGAGUUCAAGGCGCCCAUGAGCGAGCCCCGCGUGCUUCACGCCAUGGUGGGUGCCGGCGGCCGCAUCUACGCCCUCGGGGGCCGCAUGGACCACGUGGACCGCUGCUUUGACGUGCUGGCCGUGGAGUACUACGUGCCUGAGACAGACCAGUGGACCAGCGUGAGCCCCAUGCGGGCUGGCCAGUCAGAGGCCGGCUGCUGCCUGCUGGACAGGAAGAUCUACAUUGUGGGGGGCUAUAACUGGCGUCUCAACAACGUGACGGGCAUCGUGCAGGUGUACAACACAGAGACGGACGAGUGGGAACGCGACCUGCACUUCCCAGAGUCGUUCGCGGGCAUCGCCUGUGCCCCCGUCCUGCUGCCCCGGUCAGGGACCAGGAGGUAG